AUGAAAUUGAAUGAGCAGCGUGUUGAAGAACGUAAAUCACGGCAAAUUCAAACUGGAAGUGGUAUUGUUGAAGGUAAGCAACUACGUUGUAACAAAGGUCCAAUUGAUGUCUUCCUUGGUAUUCCAUAUGCAAAACCACCAACGGGAAAUCGUCGAUUCAAGAAGCCUGAAGUAAUUUCACCAUGGGCUGGUAUUAUGAAGUGCAAACGGUAUCGAAGCCGAGCGCCCCAAAAGGACUUUUUCUGGGAUCGAAUAGAUUUACGUGUUGGAAAGAAUGAAGACUGUCUUUAUUUGAAUAUUAUCACGCCGGGAUGGAAGCCACGGCCUGAAUUUAAGAAUGGUUUUCCGGUAAUGUUUUACAUUCAUGGUGGUGGUUUUAUGAUCGAUUCGGCGGUAAAAUAUCAUUACUCGAAAAUUGCCAGACUUUUGGUAUCCAAGGAUGUGAUUGUUGUGACAAUCCAAUACCGCCUUGGCUUUCUUGGUUUUUUUACAACUGGUGAUGAGAUCUGUCCUGGUAAUUUUGGCAUCUGGGACCAGAUCAUGGCCUUAAAAUGGGUGAAAGGGAAUAUUGAAUAUUUUGGCGGUGAUCCCGACCGAAUUACUGUUGUUGGCCAAAGUGCUGGUGCUGCAUCUGCCGAUCUGUUGGCUUUGUCACCUCAUAGUCGAGAUCUCUUCAAGCAAGUCAUUUUAUUGGGCGGUAAUGCCGAAUGUCCGUGGGCAGUAUCAGAUACCAAAACAGUUAGUGAUUACUGUUGUCGACAAGCUAGAAAAUUAGGCUGGCAAGGCACCGAUAAUGCGGGAAUGAUAAGAUUUCUGCGUAAACUACCAGCUUCAAAACUUACCGGUAGAUUAAUUGGUAAUAAAGAAUUGUUUACCACUGGUCGCUUACCAUUAACACCAAUUAUUGAUGGUGAUCUGUUACCGUGUCCUAUCAGUGAACUUCGAAAGCAGUCACCCACAAAACCUUCUAUUGUUGGCCUCACGGAAGACGAAGGCUUACUUUUUGCAGCAAUCGGUCGAUUAGCAUGUGAUAUGAAAGAUAUCGAGAUGGGGAUGCAGCUAAUGGCGGAUGACAUGAAAGGAAGUGAAAUUAAUGCUGAAGAAGUGGUCGGUCAAAUUUAUUUAAAUCGUGGCGAUGGUGGUGUUAAUAGUCGACGGAAGAUUCAACGAGCAUUUAUUGAUAUGCUUAGCGAUUUAACCAGUAAUUAUGGGACACGAUUAUAUGUGGAUAAAUUGGUUGAACGAGGUGAAAGCGUUUAUAUGUAUUCGUUAGAGCAUUGUAAUCCGGCUUGCUAUGGCUUGCUCAAUUUUUAUCUUCCAUAUAGAACAGCUACGCAUGGAGUAGAUUUAAUUUAUCUUUUGGAUGCCAAUAUUUUCUUAUCACCAUUUUUCAAAACAACAAUUGAUAAGCAAAUUACGCAAUUUUUGACACAGUCGGUAGUUAAUUUUAUCAAAUAUCGCAAUCCAAACAUUAUCAACGAUAAAAUGGAUCGCGCAUUUCCAUUUAUGUGGAAGCCAGUAACAUUAGAUAUUCCAGAACAGCAUUUACGAAUAGCGCAUGUUAUCGAAAUGCGUAACGAAUUUAAGAAUGGACGAAUGAAGCAAUUGAAAGAUAUUUUUGGUGAUUUAAUUUUGAAAUGA